UGGGCGGGGCCGCGGCGGUCACGUGAUGUUUGGGUGCCGGCUGUGACGGGCGCGCGGCGGCAGGAACAAUACUGCUGAGCUGGGCCUUGGGUCCAUUGGGUUAUUGCUGCCAAGUUCCCAACAAGUGGCUCCGCAGCACAGCGGAAUAAAAUUGUGGGUGAGAUUAGAAGAAAUUCUUGUGUGCCCAGGAGAGCAGGACUUGGGAAGCAGCUGGUUCGAAGUGCAAUCCAGCAUCCAUCACUAUCCAGAAAAUGUCUUAUGGAUCCAUUGAUGGGAGUGGAUUUGGGAGCAGGAACCCAUUUGGAGGCCCUUCCAGACAAGGCUAUCAACCUCUAGCCACUCAGAUUGAUCCCAGUGAGCUGCAGGAACUUUUUCAGGAGACUUCGGCUAAUGUCUUCCGAAUUAACUCCAAUGUGACCUCUCUGGAGAGAAGUCUUCGAUCCCUGGGGACCUCAAACGAUACUCAAGAGCUGCAGGAUGGACUGCAUGCCACCCAGCAGGAGACUAAUAAAACCAUCACGACUAGCACCAAAGCCAUCAAGCAGCUGUCUGAGGUUGUCAGAGGCUCAUCCAGGCAAGAAAGGCUUCAGCUGGACAGGCUGAAGAACCAACUCUCAGAUGCCAUCCAGAGAUACGGAGCUGUGCAGAAAAAAAUAGCAGAGAAAUCCAAAUCUUUGCUUCCUACUGGGCAAAGAAGCACCAAACAGCAGAGCCCCAGGGCCCCCUUCUCUGACCUGCCUGAUGAUGAGAAGAUCUUUAAUGGAGGCGAUGGCGUGUGGCAGAGCCAGGGCCAGGACCAAGCCUUGCUCUCGGAAAUCACGGAGGAGGAUUUGGAAGCCAUCCGCCAGCGGGAAGAGGCCAUCCAGCAGAUUGAGAGUGACAUGUUGGAUGUGAACCAGAUCAUCAAAGACCUGGCCUCCAUGGUGCACGAGCAAGGAGACACAAUAGAUAGCAUUGAAGCCAACAUUGAGGCCUCUUCUUCCAAUGUAGAAUCAGCCAAUGAGCAGUUGGCAAAAGCAAGUCAGCACCAACUACGAGCCAGGAAGAUGAAGUGCUGCCUUCUGUCCAUCGCCUUGGCUGUUCUGCUGCUCGUUGUCAUCAUCAUCGCGGUCUCUGUCAAGCGCUGACCUGCCUGAGCUUCCCACAGAGGCCGUGGUCACCCUGGGAUGGAUUCUCAAGGCACUGCACAUUCAGGCCCCGCGUCCGUGUCUGCAUUUCUGAUCACGUCAUGUUAAUCCUGCUAUAGCCAACAAGCACUAAUUGUAUGAAAGAAAAGCCAAGUUUUAUACUGUGUGUUGGUAUCAUUGUGAAUAAUUUUGCCUAUUUUUCCCCCUCUUCAUCACAGGCAUGUUUUACCUUAUGUUACAGAUUUUAAUUGUGCCCCCUCUAUCUGGGGAAUUCGAUUUCUUUGCCUCCAGAUUUGCUAUACCAUGUGCUGUAAGACAAGUAGCUGUUAAUUCAUCUCUGUUGUUUGUGUUUUUAACAUGCUCCUGAUCUCCAAUUCUGCUCAUUUAAAACCGUGAAAGUCAA